UCCGGCGGCUGAGAAAACUGUAUAAGCUAUGCUUGGGGACGCGGCGCGGAGCUUGAUUCACCUUCACCUCCGCUGAGCGCCAGCUGACCCCGGGCUUCCGCCCGGAGAGCAGUCUGACAUGAACGGACGGGUGGAUUACUUAAUCACGGAGGAAGAGAUCAACCUGACGAGAGGACCCUCGGGGCUGGGCUUCAAUAUCGUCGGUGGGACAGAUCAACAGUAUGUCUCCAACGACAGUGGCAUCUACGUCAGCCGCAUCAAAGAGGAUGGGGCUGCGGCCCGGGAUGGGCGGCUCCAGGAGGGUGAUAAGAUCCUCUCGGUAAAUGGCCAAGACCUAAAGAACCUGCUGCACCAGGAUGCUGUAGACCUCUUUCGUAAUGCGGGAUAUGCUGUGUCCCUGAGAGUACAGCACAGGUUACCAGUGCAGAACGGACCUAUAGUACAUCGAGGUGAAGGAGAACCAAGUGGAAUUCCUGUAGCCAUGGUGCUGUUACCAGUGUUUGCCCUCACCCUGGUAGCAGUUUGGGCCUUCGUGAGAUACCGAAAACAGCUUUGAGUGCUUGCUGUCUUCCAGUGUGUCCCAUGAACUAUUUUUCUCAUUCACCUUCUCUGACAUUCUCUCGUAUCCUUUCUUCUCUAAAUAGCCAACACGUGAUUUCAGGUGACUGAUUAACACCCAAAAUCUUGCUGUUCAAAAUCUCCAAGACUUCAAAUUCUAAUGGAAGAGUAAAGGUAUUAUUUGAAAAAAAAAUCUGGGGGGGAAAAAGCCUUGCUUAGAACAAAUGAGAAGUUACAUAUUUACUAGAACUGCCAAUACAAAUUCAGCUGUCACCCAAAGAGGAAAAGCUCAGUCUUCCUGUCACCAUGGAUGACACCUUUUUCUUAGCUGACGUGCGUUGAAGGCUAUCUGUGCUACGUGAAAGGAGGAGCUGAUUUUUUUUUUCUUUUAAUGCCUUUUCUUGGGAAGUAUUUGUGGCCUUUAAUUUGUAAUUAUAUGCCUAGAUGCCUAUAUUGAACAUAGGUAAAUGAAGUUUUUAUUUUUUUUUCAAAAAGAAAAUACAUAUGUACAGUAAUACACAUAUGCAUAUAUUGUAGCAUAACAUUGAUGCCUUAUGGAGAAUUAAAGAGGUGAGAAAACUA